UCUUCCUUGUUUUUUUCCACAGGUUUGCUACUUGUGCUUAGACUAAAAAAUGUUCCUUCUUCUAAAUGUGGUGGUCAUGAUCCUCAUCCUUAAUAAAGAAACUGAUGCAAAUUCUUCCUCUGAUUUCGUCACGUCCUACAAGAAAUACCAUGAAAUUUGCAUUGGCAUGGGGUAUCAGGACCAAGGUUGCAAACGAAGAGAAAGAGGGCCUCCUGCAGCAUUCCAUGCACUCAUGUCUAAACAAUUGACCAGUUUGGCAACCAAUGUACCAGUUGCAUUUGGAAAAAUAACCCUAAAUGAAGGAAACGCAUAUGAUCCGUCCUCUGGGAAAUUCACUGCUCCAACAGAUGGCAUCUACUAUUUUACAUGGACUGUUCUAACAGGAAAGGGUAAACUGUUUAAUACAGAAAUUGUAUUGAAUAAUAAAAUUGUUGGCUAUACAACUAUGCCAAUGGAAGUCAAAAUGGCAUCUAUGAAACCGGAUCCUCUGCCGCUGUAAUUAAAAUGAAGAAGGGUGAUAAGGCAUGGAUACGAACAUAUGAUAGCCAUGGGCAAUCUGUACAUCCCAACUGGUCGUCAUUUUCGGGUUUUCAGUUGUAACACCAAUCUUCUUUUAAAGUCUCCAUUAAAAUUAUUCAUAAUUCUCA